AAUGACAUCACCUCUUCACGCACUGACAUCACCUCUUUAAGCACUGACAUCACCUCUUCGCGCACUGACAUCACCUCUUCGCGCAAUGACAUCACCUCUUUAAGCACUGACAUCACCUCUUCGCGCACUGACAUCACCUCUUCGCGCAAUGACAUCACCUCUUCGCACAAUGACAUCACAUCUUCAAGCACCAAAAUCACAUCUUUGCGCACCGUCAUCACCUCUUCGUGCACUGACAUCACCUCUCUGCGCAAUGACAUCACCUCUCUGCGCAAUGACAUCACCUCUUCACGCACUGACAUCACCUCUUCACGCACUGACAUCACCUCUUCGCGCACUGACAUCACCUCUUCGCGCACUGACAUCACCUCUUCGCGCACUGACAUAACCUCUUCACGCAAUGACAUCACCUCUUCGCGCAAUGACAUCACAUCUUCAAGCACCGAAAUCACAUCUUUGCGCACUGACAUCACCUCUUCGCGCACUGACAUCACCUCUUCGCGCAAUGACAUCACCUCUUCGCGCAAUGACAUCACCUCUUCGCGCACUGACAUCACCUCUUCGUGCACUGACAUCACCUCUUCACGCACUGACAUCACCUCUUCGCGUACUGACAUCACAUCUUCCCGCACCGUCAUCACAUCUUCGUGUACUGACAUCAUCAUGCUCUAUAGCAGCUUUCAUUGUCUCUCCAAAGACUUCAUGCUAAUUCAAUUAGCAUAA